CGGGGGCAGCGGCUCUGGAGCCGUGGCACCACCGGCAGUGGCCGAUCUGUGUCGGUGGUCAGUCUGUUGUACGAUCGCAACGCCGGACACGAAAGGGCCGGAGCCGUUGCCGCCGCUGGGACAUGAUCCGAAACGGACACGGUACCACGGACUCCUCCAAGAACCUCGGCCCGGGGACCAAACGCACCGUGCGGGUCUGGUGCGACGGCUGCUAUGACAUGGUACAUUAUGGGCAUUCAAACCAGCUGCGUCAGGCACGGGCCAUGGGAGAUUACCUUGUCGUAGGGGUCCACAAUGAUGAGGAGAUUGCCAAGCACAAGGGCCCUCCUGUCUUCACUCAGGAGGAGAGAUACAAAAUGGUCCAGGCCAUCAAGUGGGUGGAUGAGAUUGUGGCUGGUGCUCCUUACGUCACUGCCCUGGAGACCCUGGACAAAUACAACUGUGAUUUCUGUGUUCAUGGCAAUGAUAUCACCUUAACUGUGGAUGGGCGGGACACCUAUGAAGAAGUGAAGAAGGCUGGGAGAUACAGAGAAUGUAAGCGCACCCAGGGAGUCUCUACCACUGACUUAGUUGGCCGGAUGCUGCUCAUGACCAAGGCUCAUCACAGCAGCCGGGAAUUGCCUUCAGAAUACCAGGAGUACACUGACAGCUUUGGCAAGUGCCCAAGGAGCCACAGCCCCUGGACUGGAGUGUCACAGUUUUUGCAGACAUCCCAAAAGAUUAUCCAGUUUGCUUCUGGGAAGGAGCCAGAGCCAGGAGAUACCAUCAUCUAUGUGGCUGGGGCCUUUGACCUGUUCCAUAUUGGGCACGUGUCUUUCUUGGAGAAGGUUUACCAGCUUGCAGAACGACCCUACAUCAUUGCAGGCUUACAUUUUGACCAGGAAGUGAAUCACUACAAGGGAAAGAACUACCCCAUCAUGAAUGUGCAUGAGAGAACGCUAAGUGUGCUGGCCUGCAGGUAUGUGGCUGAAGUGGUGAUUGGAGCUCCAUAUGCUGUCACAGCUAACCUUCUAGAUCAUUUCAAGGUAGACCUAGUGUGUCAUGGGAAGACCGAAGUGAUGCCUGAUAAGGAUGGUUCAGAUCCAUAUAAGGAACCCAAGAGACGAGGUAUUUUUCGUCAAAUCGAUAGUGGCAAUGACCUCACCACAGACCUCAUUGUACAGAGAAUUAUUAAAAACAGAUUAGAGUAUGAAGCAAGAAAUCAAAAGAAAGAAGCUCGAGAGCUAGCUGUCCUGGAGGCCAUAAAAAAACGGGAGGCAAUGCCUGAAGGGGCAGCAGUGCAGGUGGAGGGUCCCUGUGAGGCCUAAUUACAAACCUGUACCAGCUCGAGCAGCACGCCUAUCCCCUCCUUCCCCAGCCCCACCCUGCCUUCAUCCUGAGCUAGGGGACUGCCCGAGGACCUGCCCUCCCUUUUGCUCUCCUCACUUUCUCAGUGCCCUUCUGAUUUUAGAACUUGUCAUACCUACCAUUUUAAUGAAGCUGAGGCCCCUUUUUAACUUACCCUGUCUUGGAAUAACUGUUGGAACCUCACUCAACUAGCGUGGAGCUGCCUGGUGCUGGCAGAAAUGAACACUUGGGUCUCCCCUGGUGUUUUUGGAGAGUUUGUAUUCCCUAGUAACGCUUUUCUGCCUAGGCUCUACUGAUCUGACUCUGUAGGAAAACAGGAAGACCCAGAUAGCACUAUGAGCAUGGGGAAUCUCUGUCUGCAUCUGCAAGGGGCAUUAGGUUUGUGACCGAGCCAUGGGCAGGCUCUGGCCACUUUUAAUCCCAGCUUCCCUUUCCUUGGCACUGCCCACCUCUAGUGAAGCUAGAUGAAACAUAUGGGAUGGGAAAAGGAGAUGAGUCACAGCUGCCCUUUGGCCCUCAUGACCUUAAGCACAAUCCUGAUGGGCUUAUGAAGCACCAUCUUCCCUUGUCCCCUGAGAGGCUGGGCUGCCUCUGCCUAGCCCCCAUCUAACCUUGCUUGCUGGCUGGUGAGGAGAAAGAAGGUCAGCAACACAAGAAGGGGAAUGAUCUAACUGGUGACCUCCCUUACUUCCUUCGGAGGGGAAAUCACACCUCCCAAACCUUCCUCCCCACCUCAUCCCCUCAUUCUCCUUAUGGUCUGAGUCCUAUUCCAAAGCUUCCAGCGUGCCGCCUGAGCUCCAGGACCUUUCUUUUUCACCUUCAGCUUUGCUACCUGGGGGUCCAUAGUCCUCCCCUAAUCCUGCUGCUCCCUGUACAGACUUUGUAUGCUGAUUUUUGUAUGGAACUGACUGUUGUAAAUUUCUUUGUCAGUAGAACUUAAUAAAAUAUGGUGGGGGUACAUGAUC